AUGAAUUCUGAGGGACUGGCGACCCCUUCUCUUCCCCCCAUCGCAGAAGACCCUCCUCCUCCUCCCAGGGGCCCCCGCCUGCCUCGCCCCUUCCUCCGGAGUCUCCGGGUCCUCUUCGAAAUUCUGGACGAUCAACGCCGGGGGACCGUCCACAUCUCGGAAAUCGAGAGCCGCUGGGGUCGGGGCGGCUGCGGGGUGGUGGCCCCCCAAGAGGACCAAGAGAUCCCAGCCGGGGUCCUGCAAGCUCUCCAGCGAGUGGCAGAGCCGUGCGGGGGCUUUUUAAGUUUCCCCCGCCUAGUGGCCGGGUUGAGCAUUGCCCUCCUCCAAACCGAAGACGGAGGAGCAGAGGAGGCGGAGGCGGAGGUGGAGGAGGACGGGGGACGCGGAGCUGCCCUGGUGAAGAAGGCGAGUCGGACACGAGCAUCUGAUGGGAAAGGAGUUACUCGAUCCAGGAGCACAAACAGCUUCUUGUCCCAAAGCGGGAGGUGCAGGAUGACUCCAAAGGAACCGUGUAGAAACACCAUUUCUGGUGCCGUGGAAUAUGAAAUGCUGAAGCAGAUGCAGCAGCUGGAACGAGAAUGCGAUGCCUUGUUACAAGGCCUGGACAUGGUUAACCAGGUACGCGACUGGUUACAGUGCCACCUGCUGGAAGCUCAAAAGCGCCAGAAGCACAUGGGAGCCCAGGCGAAUGAUUGCCGAGAUUCUUACUCUACGCAGAGCAGCCUGCUGUUGGCCAAGAUCCAGGAAGUCAACCUGUGCUUGAAAAGCUUACUCACUUUUUCUGGAAAGUCCGAAGUGCCACUCAAAAAUUGGGGGGUUCCCUUUUCCUCGCCAGAAAAUCCAUUCCACCAGCAAGCCAUCGUCGUGCUAAAGGAACAGAACCACCUGUUGACCAAGGAGGUGUCCCAAAAAUGCCAUCGCAUUGCGCAACUGGAAGAAGAAAAGGCAUCCCUUUGCAAGCAGCUGAAGGAGAGCUGGGGUUGUAAACUCCCCAGCCACAAGGAGUUCACCUUCAUUUGACAAGAAGCUGAAGGGUGGGUGAC